CAAAACCAUCUUUUGUGGCCUCCUCCCCGGGAGGCUCAGGGCUCCCACCCACCGAGGAAGAGCCAUGAAGAAGCGAUCCAUGCUGCUGGCCCUGGUGGCCGUGGUCCUCAUGCUCCUUAUCAUUGGCCUUUGCAUCUGGCUGCCUGAGACCUUCAAGCCCCACAGCCACGUGUACCCCAGAGCUGCCGUGGCCGCGGAUGCCAAGCGCUGUUCAGAGAUCGGGAGGGAUGCGUUGCUGGACGGCGGCUCAGCGGUGGAUGCUGCCAUCGCAGCCCUGCUGUGCGUGGGGCUCAUGAACGCACACAGCAUGGGCAUCGGGGGUGGCCUGUUUCUCACCAUCUACAACAGCACCACACGAAAGGCUGAGGUCAUCAACGCCCGAGAGGUGGCCCCUCAGCUGGCCUCUGCCGGCAUGUUCAACAGCUCAGAGCAGUCAGAGGAAGGUGGGCUGUCGGUGGCGGUUCCAGGCGAGAUCCGCGGCUAUGAGCUGGCACACCAGCGGCACGGGCGUCUGCCCUGGGCUCGCCUCUUCCAGCCCAGCAUCCAGCUGGCCCGCCAGGGCUUCCCCGUGGGGAAGAGCUUGGCGGGAGCCCUGCAGAGAAGCCAGGCUGCCAUCCAGCGGCACCCUGAGCUGUGCGAGGUGUUCUGCCGGGAUGGGAAGGUGCUGCGGGAGGGGGACCGAGUGACCAUGCCUCGGCUGGCCGACACCUACGAGACGCUGGCCUUGGAGGGCGCUCAGGCUUUCUACAACGGGAGCCUCACAGCCCAGAUUGUCAAGGACAUCCAGGAGGCCGGGGGCAUCGUGACAGCAGAGGACCUGAACAACUACCGCGCAGGGCUGAUUGAGCACCCACUCAGCAUCAGCCUCGGGGACACCCAGCUCUAUGUGCCCAGUGCCCCGCUCAGCGGGCCAGUGCUGGCCCUCAUCCUCAACAUCCUCAAAGGGUACAACUUCUCCCGGGCGAGCGUGGAGACACCUGAGCAGAAGGGCCUGACCUACCACCGCAUAGUGGAGGCCUUCCGUUUUGCCUACGCCAAGAGGACCCUGCUUGGGGACCCCAAGUUUGUCAAUGUGACUGAGGUGGUCCGCAACAUGAGCUCCGAGUUCUUCGCUGCCCAGCUCCGAGCCCGGAUCUCCGAUGACACCACUCACCCGGCCUCUUACUAUGAGCCUGAGUUCUACACGCCAGAUGACGGGGGCACCGCCCACCUGUCCGUGGUCUCGGAGGAUGGCAGUGCUGUGUCAGCCACCAGCACCAUCAACCUCUACUUCGGUGCCAAGGUGUUGUCACGGGCCAACGGGAUCCUGUUCAACGAUGAGAUGGAUGACUUCAGCUCCCCCAACAUCAUCAACCAGUUCGGGGUGCCCCCCUCACCGGCCAACUUCAUCACUCCAGGGAAACAGCCGCUCUCGUCCAUGUGCCCGGUGAUCAUCGUGGGUCAGGACGGCCAGGUCCGCAUGGUGGUGGGUGCCUCUGGGGGCACGCAGAUCACCACAUCCACUGCACUGGCCAUCAUCCACAGCCUGUGGUUUGGCUACGAUGUGAAGCAGGCGGUGGAGGAGCCCCGGCUGCACAACCAGCUUUUGCCCAACACCACGACACUGGAGAAAGACAUUGACCAGGCAGUGGCUGCAGCCCUGAAGACCCGGCACCACCACACCGAAGUCACUUCUACCUACAUUGCUGUGGUACAGGCCAUUGUCCGCACAGCUGGCGGCUGGGCGGCCGCCUCAGACUCCAGGAAAGGCGGGGAGCCUGCGGGCUACUGAGCACUCAGGCAGGCAAGGUGGACCAGCAGCC